UGGGCUGGCAUCCAAAACCAUGAGGUGAGGGUGACUCAAAUCCAACAGGGACACCUGCCUGCAGGGGAGCUACAGUCUUCAGUCCGAGGUUCAGCUGGUGUCUACUAAUGUGGCAACAUUGGAAUGAGCCAUCUUGAAAGCAAGUCCUGUGACCUGUAGUGACUCCAGAUGAGCAGAGAGGACAUGCAGCAGAACUUUCUGGGAAUGCGACACAGAGCCCAGCAGUCAGACCCCGCCCCCGGGGAGGCCCCGCCCUCGAGGAAACGGAAGUGGGCUUCCGGAAGCCGGAAGCGGGCGAGCGCUGUGGAACCGGAGUCGCUGGGAGCUGUGGCUAAGAGGCGGGCGGAGCCGGCGAUGGCGGAGAAGUUUGACCACCUGGAGGAGCACCUGGAGAAGUUCGUGGAGAACAUCCGGCAGCUCGGCAUCAUCGUCAGCGACUUCCAGCCCAGCAGCCAGGCGGGGCUGAGCCAGAAGCUGAACUAUAUUGUUACGGGCUUACAGGACAUAGAUAAGUGCAGACAGCAGCUGCAUGAUAUCACGGUGCCUCUGGAAGUUUUUGAAUACAUCGAUCAAGGCCGGAAUCCCCAACUCUACACCAAGGAAUGCCUGGAGAGGGCUCUGGCCAAGAACGAACAAGUCAAGGGGAAGAUCGAUACAAUGAAGAAAUUUAAAAGCCUACUGAUUCAGGAACUUUCUAAAGUGUUUCCAGAAGACAUGGCCAAGUAUCGGAGCAUUCGGGGGGAAGAUCAUCCACCAUCCUAAGUGUGAUGACCCCCACAUCCUUUUAAUAACCGGACUGACCCAGUGAGAAGCUGUGCCUGCCAAUGCUGCCUUCCAGCCACGAGAACUGGCCUUGCCCCUACCUCCUGUUUCUGUCGUUUGACCUUGUGGGACUCUGGGGCUGGGGGAGCAGAGCUGUGUCCAGCUGUCCCUGCAGCUCUCAGACCCCUGGUGACCUCUUCUUUCUCCAGGGGAACAGGCAGGAAGACAGGCUCGCUGAAAUGUGAAAUGGGAUUGGGCUCCUACUUGGCAUUUUCUUUUUGUGUAUGCUGUUGUUACACUGUCCAUAAGAGAGAACUUGGUUUUAUAUUGUACAUUUUCAGAUGUUGUGCAUACGAACAUAACUGUUUUCAUGGGCUUCAACUAGACAUAAUAAAGUGUAAAGAUUUACAUAGCUCA